CAAUUGGGCCAUGGGCCAAUUCCCUUCUCCAUCGCGAGCUUCGAGCUCCACCACAAGCUUUCCUCCAUCUCUCUCUCUCAGGAGAGGGCUAGGGUAUUCGCGGGGGAGGCGGCGAAGCGGUCGCAGGAGAUAUCCAAGGAGGCGGCGAAGCGGUCGCAGGAGCUCACCAUGGGCGCCGCGUGCCUCUCUCAGGAGCUCGUCUCCGAGACGGCGAAGAAGUCGCGGGAGAUCGCGGCGGAGGCGACGAAGAAGGCCGAUCUCGUCCACUCCGAGGCCCUCCGCGCCGCGGGGCAGAUCAAAACCCUAGCAUCUGAUAUCCCCAUCCCCCCGAUCCCCCCGAUUCCCCCAAUCCCGUCCAUCUCCGCUGGAUCCGGAUCCGGAUCUCCCGCCGCCGAUGACGAGCUCAAGCAGUUCGGGGUCACGGAGGAGCUCAGGGAGUUCGUGAAGGGGAUCACGAUCAGCACCUUCCGCGAUUUUCCCAUGGAAGAUGAACCAGAAAUAUCUGAGGUUCCUACAGUGUCAAAUGUUCGGCAGGAUCUUAGCGAAUGGCAAGCGAGGCAUGCUACUCUUGUUCUCUCAACUGUUAAGGACCUGUCCCUUAAGCAGAAGUAUCUUGUAACUUUUACAGUUGGUUAUAAACAGAGAGAAAAUGUUAAUGCCGCAGUCCAAAAGUUUUCUGAAAAUUUUACCAUCCUACUGUUCCAUUAUGACGGAAGAACGAGCGAAUGGGAUGAGUUCGAGUGGUCGAAGCGGGCUAUUCAUGUGAGCACCAGAAAGCAGACGAAAUGGUGGUAUGCGAAACGAUUCUUGCACCCUGACAUCGUGGCUCCAUACGAGUACAUAUUCGUCUGGGACGAAGAUCUUGCAGUCGAGCAUUUCAAUGCCGAAGAAUACAUUAAGCUGGCGAAAAAGCACGGAUUAGAGAUCUCGCAGCCUGCUUUGGACACGGAAAAGGAGAUAGCAUGGCGAAUGACGCGGAGAAAAGGCGAUGUUGAAGUUCAUAAAGAAACAGAAGAAAGACCAGACUAUUGCCCUGAUCCUCAUCUUCCACCAUGUGCCGCAUUUGUUGAGAUAAUGGCUCCAGUGUUCUCCAGAAAAGCAUGGAGAUGCGUAUGGCAUAUGAUGCGCAUUUGAAGAACAUUUAGCUGGAGCUUUUUACUCUUCUUUGUUUUAGCUUUUGAACAUUUGGGGUUCAAAUAAAUUUUCUAUUGCAUUGAUUUCUAUUAGAACAUAAAAACUUAUUUUCUGUAUUUUAUCACUGCUAUAGAUCAACAAUCUUAUAGUUUUGUUACAACCAUUUUUACUGUAUUGUUAUACUUUUCUAUUGCAAUUUAGUAAUAUGAUUCUAUUU